AUGAAUGAAAAAAGCUCAGCAGAUAUUCCUACCGCUAAUAAUUAUAUCCCAUAUUCCCAGGAAGAGGUAUGGCGGCUCACGGAAAAGCUUCUGAAACAUCUUGGUCCAGAAUACGUAUCCAAGCGCUCUAAUGGUGCUGCGGGAAUGGUAUCAUACAUUGAAGGGUGGAAGGCAUUCAAUCUUGCCAAUCUUGUGUUUGGAUUCAAUGGAUGGAGUAGUGAGCUCAAGAGCACCAGUGUGGAUUAUGUUGAUAUCAAAAAGGAGACGAAUGCCAUAUCUGUGGGGUUGAGCGUGGUGGUUCGGGUGACCAUUAGAGAUGGUACCUACCAUGAAGACAUUGGUUAUGGAAGCGUAGAAAACGGAAGAUCCAAAUCAGGAGCAUUUGAGAAAGCUAAGAAACAGGCGAUAACUGACGGCAUGAAGCGCUGCUUGCGUUAUUUCGGCAACGCUUUAGGGAAUUGUUUAUAUGACAAGGAUUACUUGAAGUAUAUUGCCAAAGCUAAGGUGAAACCAAAGACUUUUAAUGAAGAUGAACUUCUUAGAGACACAGGGGUUCUUGGAAAUAAUCCUUUGAAGAAAAUUGAAAAUAACGCUUUUGUGAUACAGGCUAAUAAUCUUCCUCUUUCUUCUUCUCCUCCUCCUCCUCCUCCUCAGAAACAACUACCACAGCAGCGACCACCGCUACAGAGACAACAUGGACAAUCACCGCAGCAAUACCAAAAUAUGAAAAACUUACCAAUUCAAAAAAAGCCGGCAGCACAAAAUCAGCACCCUCAGAUCAGAACUCCAACCGCCGUACCAAAAGUAUCACCAACCGCUGCUGCCGCAGCGGCUGCUAAGAAUGAUUUUCUUACCUCAUCUAUUUUUGAUGAUUCAAUGGACGAUGAUAAUUUUGACGGAUUUAAUGAUCUUGAUGAUUAUGAAUUAGCACUUAUUGAUGCGAAUGGAGGGGAAUCAAACCAUGGAUCUAGUGCUAACAGUAGAUCUGUUGCUCACUCGAAUGAUAAUCGUAUAAAUAAGGAUGUCAAGGAUAGCAAGGCGAGCACCUUGGAAAACAACGUGAGUACUCCUACAGAAGUUCCGAUGAAUGUAACAUUUUUCAGUGCUAAAGCUGCCAAUGAUGUCCAGUCGAACGUUAAUCUUCUGUCAGACAAGUUAUUUAAAGUAAAUAACCAAUCUGGAUCAUCUUUGAAGCGAACUCUUGAUCAGUCCAAAUCUACACCUGUUAAAAGAAUAGGAAUUGACAGACAUCCAGUAUAUCCUCGAAGUAAUCAUAGCGGGCAUAGUGGAGGGAUUAAAAAACCUGGGCCCUUGCGAUAG